AGUUCACCACACAUCAGAUGUUCGCUACAAUACGCGCGCUCUGAAAAGAGUACGCAACGCUUUUACUCACUUCUUAUUGGAUUUUCAGAGGAGUCGGAUGUUUUAUGAGUCGGAAGUUGAUAAAUGUGAAAACAAGACGGUUUCAGAGUGGCGCGGUGCGGUAACAAAGUGAUUAUACGUUUGCGUAAAUUUGUAUGUACGGUUUGUUAUGUUAACUGAUUACAAAUAAUAAAUAAAUGUAGAACAAUUGCGAUCAAUUGUUUUCAAUUCAAGCAUUAAAUGAUAUAUUUAGUAUAUACUAAAUAUGUGUGUGUGUGCGUACAAUACAUGCCAGCUGUAAAUAUCGCCAAACCCCAUACUUCGCUUCGUUAUUUCAUUUAAUAUAAUUUGAUUAUACAUUCAACAUACACGAUGGAGCCAACUUUUGAUGGUUGGGAUUUCGCCGUAUUGAUUACUAUACUGGCAAUCUCGGCUAUGAUUGGCAUUUACUACCGUUAUACGGGAGGAAAGCAGAAAACAAUGAAGGAAUACCACUUGGCUGAUCAGAGUAUGACCACAUUUCCGGUUGCUGUGAGUUUGAUGGCGAGUUUUAUGUCCUCCAUCUCGUUAAUGGGUGCCUCCAAUGAGAGUUAUCAAUUCGGCACCAUGUUUUGUGUUAUCAACUUGUCUUACAUAUUGAGCACACCGAUUGCAGCGUAUUUAUUCCUACCGGUCUUCUAUCGCAUGCGUACGAUGAGCGUCUAUGAAUACUUAGAGCGUCGUUUUGGUCACUCAACACGUCUCGCCGCUUCAAUGGCCUACUCCGUACAGAUGAUAGUUUACAUGGGUAUUGUGCUUUAUGCGCCAGCGCUGGCACUCGAAGCCGUUACCGGUGUGAGCAAAGUUACCGCUAUAUUGGUUAUCGGUCUGAUUUGUACCUUCUACUCGACGAUUGGUGGCCUGAAAGCUGUGCUAAUAACCGAUGUCUUUCAAUCGCUUUUAAUGUUCGCUGCCAUUUACUCCGUUAUCGUGGUGUCGGCCAUCAAAGCUGGUGGUUUGGCCCCAAUUUGGCAGGUAGCAGAGGAGCGGAGUCGUUUAUAUUUCACCGACUUUUCUUUGGAUCCCACUGUGCGUCACACUUGGUGGAGUCUCACUAUUGGCGGUAUGGUGAUAUAUCUGUCAUUGUACGGUGUCAACCAGGUGCAAGUGCAAAGGUUAUUGAGUGUACGUAAUUUGGAGAGCGCACAAGCGGCGCUGUGGUGGACUUUACCCAUUUUGAGCACACUCAGUUUCAGCACAUUAUUCAGUGGUUUAGCGAUAUUCCACUAUUACAGAAAUUGUGAUCCAUUACUGGAGGGUAGAAUAGAAUCCAGAGAUCAAUUGAUGCCUUUAUUUGCGGUGGAUACAAUGGGUCAAUAUCCCGGUUUAUGUGGCCUCUUCGUCUCGGGCAUCUUUUCCGCCAGUCUCUCUACAGUUUCAUCAGCAGUUAGUUCAUUAUCGACCGUUACGUUAGAGGACUACAUCAAACCAUUGUAUAAAUGCUUUACGAAGAAACCGUUACAUGAAAGCAAAUCAACACUGCCGAGUAAAAUUAUGGCCUGCAUUUAUGGAGUUGUCUGCAUCGGUAUGGCAUUCACCGCCAGUUCCAUGGGUGGUGUUCUACAGGCAUCUCUCACCAUUUUCGGCGUAAUCGGUGGACCAUUGUUGGCGCUCUUCUCACUCGGCUUAUGCACGACACGUGCGAAUCAACGUGGCGUUCUACUCGGUUUACUAAUCGGUUUUAUAUUCUCUUUCAUUAUCGGUUUCGGUGGCCCGAAACAACCGCCAACACCGUUAGAUUUCAAAGCAGACGGUUGCACAGCUGCCGGUAAUGAUAAUAUGACUUUGGUUACCGCGGCCCUUACACAAUUGCAAAACAUGACUUUUAAUAUGACAACCGCGCCAACAACAACAGCAACAACUCUUAUAGAAUAUAGUUGGUUCUAUAGAUUGUCGUAUCUUUGGUUCUCCGUAAUCGGAUUUUUAAUUACAUUAAUUGUUGGUUAUGUUUCGAGUUUGCUCUUGGAGACACUAAAAUGGGCUGAUAAUAAACAAAUUUACUUAGAUUAUCAACAAAUCGAUGUAGAUCUAUUCAUACCACCGCUGGCGCGUAGAUUAAGAAAGCAUAACGUUGAAGAAAUGACAAAGUUCUAAAGUGCCUACGAAGUUUUCUUUACUUAAAUUGCUACUUAAUUAGGCAGAUUUUAAUUAAUUAACUUUAAAUUGAUUUUUUUCUCUAAAUUCCAAGUUCUCUUCUUAGCAUUUAUUUGUAAUAAUGUAGCGCCAACUUAACUAAAAGUACUUAAAAAACUAAUGUUUUAAUUAAAAGGAGUUUUUACUUCAUUAUUCAAAAUUUUCAUAUCCGAAAUAUUGCAAAUAGAAUAUUGUCUAAAUAUACAGGCUGUAAAGAUAAACCUGAAAGCUUUAUAGAAAAUUCAAACUAGUUAGGACACAAACUCCAUAUUUUAAUAUUACUAAACUAUGUUAUUCAUUAUUUUUAAGUAAUUUGAUAUUUUGUAGUGUUAUGUAUUCAACAGAAAUAUAAGAAACUUUGUAAUAUUCGGGCUUUGAUAGGAUUGUAUUAUAUUCAAAAUUGGCUGUCAUCCCAUUAACUAAGCUAUAAUUCCGUACAAAUAGUUUUAAUAUUAUUAAUUGUAACAAAAUAUAAAUUUUUAUAAAGUUAAUAGUUAUUGUUAUUAUACAUGUCCUCACGUCCAAUAAAAUUAUAUUGUGCAAAAGAUAACAACUUUUCAAAGAAACAAACAUUUAUAACAUAAAGUCAUAUAUUUUUUAUUAGUUUAACCAGUAAAUUUAAGUUCAUAUUACAUUCAAAAAGAAAAUAAUCUGAAAUAUAUGUUCGAGUGAACGAAAA